AUGAGUAUUAAUUGGCGUAUCAAUGUCCCUAAGCGUAAUAAAGUUUUCCCGUUCCUUGUCUGGAUAAACGAACUUAAAAAUAUUAAAACACUGAAUGCGGACAUACUCGCAGGUAUUACUGUUGCUUUAGUUUUAGUUCCUCAAUCGAUGGCUUAUGCACAAUUAGCUGGGCUAGAUCCUUAUUACGGUCUUUAUGCCGCUUUUCUUCCUGGCAUCGUCGCGGCAUUGUUCGGUUCUUCUCGUCAGUUAGCUACCGGCCCAGUAGCCGUGGUUUCUUUAAUGACAGCUUCGGCGUUAGAACCGCUUGCGGCAGACCCAGGAACGUAUGUUGUCUAUGCGAUAUUGCUUGCCUUUAUUGUCGGUGUUAUUCAAUUGUUGCUAGGGCUUUUGCGCUUGGGCGUACUGGUUAACUUUUUAUCGCAUCCUGUUGUGGUGGGUUUUACCAAUGCCGCCGCGAUUAUUAUUGCCACCUCUCAGCUAGGCAAGUUAUUUGGUGUUUCG